CUUGUUCUGAAUCGUCUGCCCAUCAUGCUCGGCUCUCUUGUUGUCUUACUCCUCGCAAGUAUCUCUAUUGCCUCACCAACACUUGAGAAGCGAGCCAUUACAUGUCUCAAAGUUGGCCAAACAGCCACUGCCUCGUGGACCAAUAGUGCUGGCAAGAAAUGUACUUUCACGGGUGUUGUUGGUAGCAACUACGGCGCCAAUCCUUCCGGAUCAGGAGAUUACUCUUGUAACGGAAGAUGUGGAGCCGGUUGCAGCGGAACUGCUGUUGGCAAUGUCUAUACCCAGGACUGCUUUUCUCACGAUAUCUGCUCUUACUUUAACUCCGCCUCCGGAGGUGCCAGUGACCCCAACUGCGGAGCUGCCUUCAAUGCGGCUGUUGAUGAUACUGCUUUAGGUUUUGCGAAUGGUUGCAGCCAGACGAACCCAAGCAACGGUGUUGCCAAGCCCAAUAGUGCUCCAGUUUGCAAAUAG